AUGGCCAAGAAGUGCGUCCACAAGGGCUGCGGCAAGGUCUACGAAGACGAGGCCGAGCCCUGCGUCUACCACCCCGGCCCUCCCGUCUUCCACGAGGGGCAGAAAGGCUGGAAAUGCUGCAAACCCCGCGUCCUCACCUUCGACGAAUUCCUCGCCAUCCCGCCCUGCACCACGGGCACCCACUCCGAAGUCGACGACACCCCCGCCGAAGAACCCAAGCCUCACGCUGAAGCCCCCGAACCGACGCCCGCCCACGCCUCCACCGUCGGGCUCACAGACCACACGCCGCCGGCCUCGCGCCUGCCCACGCAAGCCGCGCCGACGCCGACGCGCUCGCCCGCACCGCCGGCCGAGGACGAGGAGGACGACCCGAGCCUGCCGAUCCCGGACGGCGCGACCUGCAAGCGCAAGGCCUGCAAUGCCACGUACGACGCCGCCAAGGGCCGCGGCGAGGGCGUCGAGGAGAGCUGUGUUCACCACCCGGGCGCGCCCAUCUUCCACGAGGGCAGCAAGGGCUACAGCUGCUGCAAGCGGCGCGUGCUCGAGUUCGACGAGUUCAUGAAGAUCGAGGGCUGCGUGACCAAGGACCGACAUCUCUUCGUGGGCAAGAAGAAGGACGAGAACGCCGAAGAUAUCGUCGAGAGCGUGCGCUCCGACUUCUAUCAAACCCCCACCACGGUCAUCGCCUCCCUCUUCCUCAAGAAAAUCGACAAGGAAACCAGCACCGUCGCCCUGCGCGCCGACGGCGUCGCCCUCGACCUGCGCACCGCCGACCGCAAGCGCCACGCCGCAGACCUGCGCUUCUUCGGCCCCAUCGACCCCGCAGCCUCCUCGUACAAGAUCAUGGGCACCAAGCUCGAGCUCGAGCUGCACAAGGCUGACGGCCAGAGCUGGCCCGUCUUGCGCGUCGACGAUCCGCGUACCGGCGAGAUUAUUCAGACGGGGAGGGCGGGGAGGGUGGCGUAG